GCUGAUCGUAAUGAUACUACGAUUCAAUGCAACGUAGGGAUUAAUUUAAGCCCGGGUUUCUCGUACACGUCUACCUGUGGGCUGUUCGUUACAUCGACAGAUUAGUGUGCAUAAUUAUAUCGUCUUUGUCUUAGCUGAACUGGGUGAUUGCCGUCAGGAAAAUGGGUGUUAUCAACAAAGUAGCAUUGAUCACGGGAGCUGCCGACGGUAUUGGGAAGGCUUUAGCAACGCGGCUUCUUGAAAAGGGUGCUAAGGCUGUCAGUAUUCUUGACGUCAAGGAUGAGAAGGCACAAGAAUCAGUGACGUCAUUAAACAGCGUGUUUGGCGGGGAAAAGGUUAUCUAUAUACACUGUGACGUGUCCAACAAUGAACAUAUGAAAGCGGCUUUUACAAAAACAAAGGAGCUAUUUGGCGGACUGGAUAUUGUCUGCAACAAUGCUGGGAUUAUUGACGAAUUUAACUGGGAGCGUUGUGUUGACAUUAAUUUAAAAGGCGUUAUUAGAGGCACAUAUCUCGGUGUCGAGUUUAUGGGUACAAAGAAUGGCGGCAAUGGUGGAGUGGUUAUUAAUACAUCCUCAACAAAUGGUUUUCUACCGAACCCAUUAUUUCCCGUAUACGAUGCUACGAAACAUGGUAUCAUUGGUUUCACGCGGAGUGCGGCGGCUGAAUUGAUGGUGAAAGAGAACAAUGUAAGGGUGAAUGCACUGUGUCCAGCAUUGGUGGAUACACCGAUGAGGGAUGACAUGACUAAAGGCAGUCGUUACGGUGACCAAUACGCACAGAGGAUCGCAUCUGUUAGACAAGUAAAGAUGUCUUUGCUCAUCGACACUGCUAUGAAGUUAAUAGAAGACUCUGGAUACAAUGGUACUACAUGUGCAGUUGUCCCUGACGACCCGAUGCUUGUACUUGAGCCGCCAGUUAUCAAUAUUAAAUAGAAUUCUCGUAAAUUAAUAAAAUAACAGAACAGGACAUAAAUA